AUGGAGUUUACUCAAGAGAAUAUGUUAGAUGAGUUAAUGGCUCCAAAGAGAGACAGUUGGACCAGUUUUCCGACUGAAAUGAAUGAGUUCCUUCCAUAUGGUUGGGACUUUGCACCAUUUGAUCAAACCCCAGAUUUGUUAGCAUCGAACGCUUCACUUCUGGGACUCAUUUCACCACAAGAAUUCAGUUAUUCUUAUCAUGUGGGAGGAUCCCAACCUUUUCUUGAUACUUUCUUGGCGCCGGAGUUGGAGUCCUUCUAUGAAAAUAAUCACACUGCACUAACUGCAGAUAUCAAAAAUGGAGAAUUUGAGUUUCUUGGCAAUGGUUUCGAAGAAGGGAUGAGCAGCUAUAGUAGUGUUGACACUGCGCAAACUCAAGCAAAUAUGGCUGUUUCUAAUCUAGGUUUGUGUGGAGAGAGAAAGGGAAAAGGUAAGAAGAUCGAUGGCCAACCCUCAAAAAAUCUAAUGGCAGAAAGAAGGAGAAGAAAGCGACUCAACGAUCGCCUUUCCAUGCUUCGAUCAAUUGUACCUAAGAUCAGCAAGAUGGAUAGAACAUCCAUACUUGGAGACACCAUAGAUUAUAUGAAAGAGCUUCUUGAUAAAAUCAACAAGUUGAAGGAAGAUGGGAAGGAUGAGAAUCAGAAUCAGACGGCAGACUUAGAAGAUCUAAAGCCAAAAGAAAUACAAGUGAGAAAUCACCCUAAGUUUGAAGUAGAAAAGACAGACCAAGAAACCCGAAUCGAGAUAUGUUGUGCAGCAAAUCCAGGGUUACUGUUAUCGACAAUCAGAAAGCUAGAAUCAAUGGGACUUGACAUUCAACAAUGUGUUAUAAGCUGCUUCAAUGAUUUUUCACUGCAAGCUACAUGUUGCGAGGAAGCUGGGCAUCGAUUAAUUAUUAGUUCCGAAGGUGUAAAGCAAGAAUUGUUUAGAAAUGCAGGUUUUGGAGGAAGACCCCUAUAG